CCUCAGGACCGGCGGGGCCGCGCGGCGCAUCCUGCGGGCGGCGGCGGGCGGCCGGGCGCAAGAUGAUGAAGUUUCGGUUCCGCAGGCAGGGCGCCGACCCGCAGCGCGAGAAGCUCAAGCAGGAGCUCUUCGCCUUCCACAAGACCGUGGAGCAUGGCUUCCCCAACCAGCCCAGCGCCCUGGCCUUCGAUCCGGAGCUCCGCAUCAUGGCCAUUGGCACCAGGUCUGGGGCCGUCAAGAUCUAUGGAGCCCCCGGCGUGGAGUUCACAGGCCUGCACCGAGACGCGGCCACGGUCACCCAGAUGCACUUCCUGCCCGGCCAGGGCCGCCUCCUCACCCUGCUGGACGACAGCAGCCUGCAUCUCUGGGAGAUCGUUCACCGUAACGGCUGCGCCCACCUGGAGGAAGCCCUCAGCUUCCAGCCGCCCACUCGGCCGGGCUUUGACGGGGCCAGUGGCCCCCCCAGCCUUGCCCGCAUCACAGUGGUCCUGCUGGUGGGUGCUGGGGACGUGGCGGCCCUGGGCACCGAGGGCGGAAGUGUCUUCUUCUUGGAUGUUCCCACCCUGACGCUGCUUGAGGGGCAGACCCUUGGUCCGGACGAGGUUCUGCGAAGUGUGCCCGACGACUACCGGUGCGGGAAGGCGCUGGGCCCUGUGGAGUCACUCCAGGGUCACCCGCGGGCCCCCAGCAAGAUCGUCAUUGGCUAUAGCCGCGGCCUGCUGGUCGUCUGGAACCAGGCCGCGCGGUGUGCCGACCGCGUCUUCCUGGGGAACCAGCAACUGGAGAGCGUGUGCUGGGAGCGCAGUGGCCGCACACUCGUCAGCUCGCACAGCGACGGCAGCUACGCCAUCUGGUCUGUGGACGCCGGCAGCUCCCCGACGGCACAGCCCACCGCGGCCACCACGCCCUACGGCCCCUUCCCCUGCAAAGCCAUCAACAAGAUCCUCUGGCGGAACUGUGCCUCUGGCGAGCACCUUGUUGUCUUCAGCGGCGGCAUGCCCCGCGCCAGCUACGGCGACCGCCACUGCGUGAGCGUGCUGCAGGCCGCGAGCCUGGUCACGCUGGACUUCACCUCCCGCGUCAUCGACUUCUUCACGGUGCACAGCACGCGGCCUGAGGACGAUUUCGACGAGCCGCAGGCCCUGGCCGUGCUGCUGGAGGAGGAGCUGGUGGUGCUGGACCUGCAGACGCCCGGCUGGCCGGCCGUGCCCGCCCCCUACCUGGCCCCUCUGCACUCGUCCGCCAUCACCUGCUCGGCCCACGUCGCCAACGUCCCCGCAAAGCUCUGGGCCCGCCUGGUGAGCGCCGGCGAGCAGCAGAGCCCCCAGCCGGCCUCCGCAGUCUCGAGCUGGCCCAUCACCGGGGGCCGCAACCUGGCCCAGGAGCCGUCGCAGCGAGGGCUGCUGCUGACCGGCCACGAGGAUGGCACUGUGCGGUUCUGGGACGCCUCCGGUGUGGCCCUGCGGCCCCUCUACAGGCUGAGUACGGCCGGCCUCUUCCAGACGGACUGUGAGCACGCCGACAGCCUGGCCCAGGCCGCCGAGGACGACUGGCCGCCCUUCCGCAAGGUGGGCUGCUUCGACCCCUACAGCGACGAUCCCCGGCUCGGCGUGCAGAAGGUGGCGCUCUGUAAAUACACGGCCCAGAUGGUGGUGGCCGGCACUGCAGGCCAGGUGCUGGUGCUGGAGUUAAGCGACGUGCCAUCGGAGCAGGUGGUCGGUGUGGCCAGUGUGGACCUCCUCCAGGACCGCGAGGGCUUCACGUGGAAGGGCCACGAGCGGCUGAUCCCCCGGGCGGGGCCGCUGCCCUGGCCGGCCGGCUUCCAGCCCCGCGUGCUGGUGCAGUGCCUGCCGCCGGCCGCCGUCACGGCCGUCACGCUCCACGCCGAGUGGGGCCUGGUGGCCUUCGGCACCAGUCACGGCUUUGGCCUGUUCGACUACCGGCGCUUGAGCCCCGUGCUGGCCAGGUGCACCCUGCACCCCAGUGACUCUCUGGCCAUGGAGGGGCCGCUGUCCCGGGUGAAGUCGCUCAAGAAGUCGCUGCGCCAGUCCUUCCGGCGCAUCCGCAAGAGCCGGGUCUCGGGCAAGAAGCGCGCCGUUGCCGCGGGCAGCAAGUUGCAGGAGGCCAACGCACAGCUGGCGGAGCAGGCCGGCCCCCACGACGUGGAGGUGACGCCCGUGCAGCGCCGUAUCGAGCCCCGCUCGGCCGACGACUCCCUCUCGGGCGUCGUGCGCUGCCUGUACUUCGCCGACACCUUCCUCCGAGACGCGGCCCACCAUGGCCCCACCAUGUGGGCGGGCACCAACUCGGGCUCCGUGUUCGCCUACGCGCUGGAGGUGCCGACGGCAGCAGCGGGCACCGAGAAGCGGCCCGAGCCGGCAGUGGAGGCCGUGCUGGGCAAGGAAGUGCAGCUGAUGCACCGGGCCCCCGUGGUGGCCAUUGCCGUGCUGGACGGACGCGGCCGCCCGCUGCCGGAGCCCUAUGAGGCCUCGCGGGACCUGGCACAGGCGCCCGACAUGCAGGGCGGCCACGCCGUGCUCAUCGCAUCCGAGGAACAGUUCAAGGUGUUCACGCUGCCCAAGGUGAGCGCCAAGACCAAGUUCAAGCUGACGGCCCACGAGGGCUGCCGCGUACGCAAGGUGGCCUUGGUCACGUUCGCCAGCGCCGCCUGCGAGGACUACGCGGAGACCUGCCUGGCCUGCCUGACCAACCUGGGCGACGUGCACGUGUUCUCUGUGCCCGGCCUGCGGCCCCAGGUGCACUACUCCUGCAUCCGCAAGGAGGACAUCAGCGGCAUCGCCUCCUGCGUCUUCACGCGCCACGGCCAGGGGUUUUACCUCAUUUCCCCGUCGGAGUUUGAGCGCUUCUCCCUGAGCGCCCGCAACGUCACCGAGCCGCUCUGCUCUCUAGAUAUCAGCCGGCCCCGCGAUGCCACGCCUGCCAGCCACAGGCUCCGAGAGUCACCCAAGCUGAACCAGGCCAAUGGGACCCCGGGCCUCGUCCGCCCCCAGAGCUGUGACGGGAGCCCCGACCCCGCGCGAAGCAAGGGAGCUGACACCCCCGAGCCGCCCGAGGCCGCUCGCUCGCCCAUGUCCGUCGACUCGGCCACCAGCGCCGACACCACGUUGGACACGACGGGGGACGUCACGGUGGAGGACGUGAAGGAUUUUCUGGGCUCUCCGGAGGAGUCCGAGAAGAAUCUGCGGAACCUGUCGGAAGACGAGGCUCGGGCCUGCGCCAUCCUGAUCAAGUGAAGUGCUGCAGGACGGCCAGGGCGGCCAGGCCACCCACCCCCUGCGCUGCUCAGCGCUGGAGGCUGGGACCCCGGGCCUUCCAGACCUGCACCUGCAACCUUGGCUUCCAGCAGGACCUGCCCAGCCGGGCCCGAGCUUCAGGGCCAUUCAGACCGGCCCUUGCUGCAGGUGGCGGCGACUCGGGAGGGCAGCGCCCCCACCCUCACCCCCCUCUCUUGCAGAGUAUUUUUCUAAUGCCUGUGCUGGGCGCUGCAGUCAUUUCUAAAACUAUUUUGGUACUUGCUCCUGGGCCAGCUGCCCCCUCCCCCCGAGCCUGUGCAAGUGUGUGUGUGCGUGUGCGCGUGUGUGUAAGAGACGGAGCGUUCCACUGGGUCCCCAGGACUGGGGCCCAGCCCGGUGCGGGGGAGGGUGUGUGUGUGAGUGUCCAUGGGGGAGGGGUGGUCAGGAUGGGUUUUCCUGUAGAUUGUACCCUGGGUUUUUUUGACCUUUUGUUAAAAUUAGUGGUUUUAAUAUUAAAAAUACUGAUUUUUAAUAUGGAAAAUAAAAGCAUUUAAUAUCUCUUAAA